AUGCUGAGAAAUGGUUAUAUCUGUUUUUCUUUUUUUUCUUUUUCAAAGGCAAAAGCAGUUAUGGCAAAAGUGGGCUACCCUCAGUUUAUAAUGAAUGACACAUAUAUUAAUGAAGACAUCAAAACACUGAAGUUUACAGAAAGUGACUAUUUUGGCAAUGUGUUGCAAGCUCGCAAAUAUGCAGCCCAAUCUGAUUUCUACUGGCUUAGAAAAGAAGUUCCAAAAACAGAGUGGUUUACAAGCCCAACUACUGUAAACGCUUUUUAUAGUGCAUCUACCAACCAGAUCAGAUUCCCAGCAGGAGAACUGCAAAAGCCUUUCUUUUGGGGAACGGAAUAUCCUAGGUCAUUAAGCUACGGUGCCAUAGGAGUAAUUGUUGGCCACGAGUUUACUCAUGGAUUUGAUAGCAAUGGUCGGAAAUAUGACAAAAAUGGAAAUUUAGACCCUUGGUGGACAACUGACUCUGAAGAAAAAUUUAAAGAGAAAACAAAAUGCAUGAUUAAUCAAUACAGCAAUUACUACUGGAAGAGAGCUGGUUUACAUGUGAAAGGCAAAAGGACUUUGGCAGAAAACAUUGCAGAUAACGGAGGUUUGCGAGAGGCUUUCAGGGCAUACAGGAGAUGGAUUACAGAAAAGAGAGGAGGAGAAGAAGAGCCUUUACUGCCAGGCCUUGAGUUCACACACAACCAGCUUUUCUUUCUGAGUUAUGCCCAUGUAAGAUGCAACUCCUUUAGACCAGAAUCUGCGAGAGAGCAAAUAUAUAUUGGAGCUCACAGCCCUCCUCAGUUCAGAGUUAUCGGUGCCAUGAGCAACUUUGAAGAGUUCCGUAAAGCUUUCAAUUGCCCAACAAAUACGACGAUGAACCGAGGGGCAGAAUCCUGCCGGCUGUGGUAG